GGAAACCUGCGAUUCUUUCGAAUGCUCUUCCAAUGGCUGGUCACAAGUUUGAUACUUCAACUAAAGGGCGUUACGUGGUUGUCACCGAAAACGGCACAAUAGCACGCCGGCAGCUUGGAUUCUGCGAUGGCGUCUUACUCUCGGAUGGAUUCAUAAAGCCUGGGGAGCUAGUGGCUUUAUCGAUACUAGAAACUCAACCCGGUUGGAGUGGUGACCUACGCAUCGGACUCACAUUGCUCCCUAACAACGUACUGCAGCCGUUGCCCAGUUUUGCACUCCCUGAGCUGGUUUCUCGAGGACAAAGUUGGGUCGUUCCAGUCGGCACUGCAGCUGCCCUUCUGGUUUCGCAUCGCCACCGAGUUUAUUGGAAACGUCAACGACAGCUACGUCGUUCAACACGUCGUUUGGGAGAUAGCGCAUCUGUUGAAUCCACAAUCACAGUUAUGGAUGCAGGGUCCUGCUGCGCAUCCCUACUUUCUCCACCGGAAAACCCCAUACCACUACAAUUAUCCCAGUCUUCUUCCAGUUCUCCAUGCUCCUGCUGCCUGCACACUGCGUUUGGCCGUGUUCCAAUACGUAAUCUGAUGCCAUGUGAACCAUUCAGUCUUCGGGCUCCGGAUGUGGAAAAGGGUAGCGUGGUGGCUAUAUACUACGAACUAGAGCCACUCUUACCCACAGCCUCGGAUCAAGUGGUAGAAUUCAACUGGCCUCUCAGCGAGGUGGAUACUGACCAGACAACCGAGAUCGCAAGGUCAUCACCACUUCUUCAACCAGACUAUCGCCUCUAUAAGUUUCGGUUUCACAUAGUAAUCAACGGUGUUGACUUGAUCACGGUCACGGAAAAUUUGCAUUUUCCGAUCAGUCAUUUCGAUGAACACGUCCAUGGUGAAGUUCCACUCGGUUCAUCCGGUGAAGCCUCCCUAAAAUCCCAAGAUUUGAUGAAUUCCGGAUCGCAGUUUCCUCGAUUUAGGGCGGUUUUCGACGUUUACGGUCAAACCAAAGCUAUACAGCUGAUCAGCUUGAACCAGACACUGGUUGCCACUCUCAGUCGACUGUGUUAUUGCGCUAUCGUGAAUCGUAUAAUUCAACUGCAUUAUCGUGGUGUAUGUAACGAUACGCAUCCCGAAAAACCAGCGGAUUUUGUCAACAAUGUGGAUAAACUUAUUGUAGCAACUCCCCCGCCGGAAUACUCCGCCUCCCGGCUGGCUCAUUUGACAUCCAAUGCACCGGACAACGUGCGCCUGCAGCACUUGAUCCACGCGCUAGACAGUCUUCCCCUGCCCCAGUCCGAUAGACAUCGACUCCAAGCGGACGUGCAUGCCGUGAUUGUUCGAGAACUGGAAGGCGCGUUGGCCAGUAGUUGUUAA